GAGGGUUUGCCAAGGUGAAGCUCGCCACUCAUCGUCUGACAAAUGAAAAGGUAUAAAUGAGAAGUCGCAAUAAUUAAAUUAUUUAAGUUACGGUAGUGAGUUGUGCUUAAAUAAGAAUACUUUUACAGUAUGGGGAAGAUUUUUUAAAAUAUCGUGGGACAUAUUUUGAACAGUCGUUAAGGUGACUCGCUAUUUACCAUUUAGGAUGGAAUUUUUGAACACUGGUUACUUGUUGAAAGCAAAUGGUAUCCGAGUUAUAGAAAAUGUUGUCUAAAGAGUAUAACAUUUUUAGCAAAAAUGACGUCAGUGCGGUUGCUAUAUAUAGCGAUUUCAAUAUGGCCGAACUUUUCCAAUUAGUGAAAAUAAUUGAAAUGUCAUGCUUAUCAUUGCAACGGCAGUGACGUCAUUUUUGUAAAAAUUUCAUACUAUAGGCGUUUUAUUACUAUUCGCUUUUCAACGAGUGACAACUGGUCAAAAAUUCAGCCCUAGGUCGAAAACUUCCAGUUGUUAAAAACAGGAGGGAACCACCUCAAAUAAAUAAUAAAGAGAAGUUCAUUUUAGUACAAAAUACGGAUGGUUUCAGGUUUCAUUCCCAUGCAUGCUUCAUAAAUUAGAGUGGUGGGAUCAUAAAGACGACUAAACAUGGUCGAUUAAGAACGACAAACAUACAUGUAAUUAAACUAGACGAAUAUUAAAAUCAUAUUGCGGUAACUAAAAUUGGAAAAUCUUUCAAUUACAUAUCCCAACAGGUUGAUCGGAAACCUGAAAUGCUGUAUACUACUUAAGGUCCAAUUUACAGGUUUUCAAUAUUACAAGUUUCGUAACGAUUUUCCACAUAGAAUAUAUUUGUUCUGACAAAUCCAGUGUCGGAACCGAUCUCCGUAGAUCAUAUAUAGACAGUUCUUAACUCUUUUUCCGCCAUAACUUUAUAGAUGGUAUAAAUGUCGAGCGUGUAUCCCAGGGGUUUCUGGGGAAGAAGGCAUAUUUUGCCACGGAAACAAGUGAAUAAACCCAAAAAUAUCGAAACUAUGUAAGCUUGGUGAACAUGAGAACAUGGUGAAACAUGGUGAGAACACAGACCUCGCACCCCCUGGGAGACCCUCAUUAGUAGCCUAAUGUGUUGCAUGUGGUGAUAAUGCAGUGAUAUAUCUAAUGCUGUAAAUUUUGUAGGUCGCCAUAAAAAUGAUGACGAAAGAAGCUCUUGCGGUUUGUAUUAUUAGUGAGCUUAAGCAAGCGACGUUUUUGACAACACGGACGUCGACCGGAAGUAAAGUUGACGUUUUUCACCAAUCACAACCCUUGACCCAGUCUUCUGACGUUACUCAUGCCGUUCGUGUUGUCAAAAACGUCACUUGCUUAAGCUCACUAUUUUGAUAUCUGAGGCUUGCAAUGGUCCUAACAUUACUCAUGACUGCCUUGGGGUGACGCUAUCUUCAUAACUGUAAGGAACUAACUCGAGCUCCAAAUUCAAUUUUCAAAACUUUGUUGAAUCGUGAGCUCAGGAAUUAGAGGUUAAUUUUAGGCGGUGGAACUAUCUUUCCAAAUCUCCUUACUAGCUAACACUUACUGGUUAAAAACUAAAAAUAAUCAUGUGGAGAUAGUCAUCUAAGCCUGGAGUUAAUGGCUGCGCCGGCGUGGACAAAGCUCCAGAUUCGAGGAUUGGCGGCUACCUCUGCAAAAAUAUAAUCUACAAGCAUGACAUUAUUUACUAAAUUGCCGGAUUAUGUUUUUCAUGUAAUAUUGUAAUAAAUUACCUGUUAAUAGGCGUUCAGCAUAUUAUGUCAACAUUUUUGGUCCUUCUGAGUCCGGACUGAUCAUAGCACAAGACAAAAUUAAUGUUAACUCUUUUACAAUGAUACAACCUAGACCAAGAGAACACCCGAAAAUAAAAAAAAUAAAGGAGAUGUUACAAUUUGAGACAAAUGCCUAGUUUCAUGAUUUGACUCGUGAUUUGACUUUGUGUUUUUGUUACAGCAUGAUCUACCACGUGUUUACACUGAAAUUGCCACCAUGAAAGAGUUGUGUCAUCAAAAUAUUUGUCAACUUUAUGAAGUUGUGGAAACGGAGGCGGAAAUUUUUAUGAUUUUAGAGGUACUUGUAUAUGAUAAUAAGGAGGUUCAGUUUUGACUACGAGCACGACAACAAGUAUACAAGAUUUUUCCCGCAAAAAGUAUAGCCAGCUUUCUGUUGACUUUGGCAAUUAUUAAGCUGUAGUCGACCUGUUGUUGAGCACGAGAUUUUAAUUAAACAAAUCUCCUACUCGGAUAACGAGUCUGUUUCAGGAAUUUACUGGUUUGUUGCUGCCUUUACCAACUGAAUCAGUUUUCAAAAGCGAAAGUAUUUGAAAUUGUUUUAGACGCUUUGUUAUGGAAGUUUUUUAGUUUUAAACACUCGUUGCCGUUCGUACUAAACAACAAAUCUCGUACUCGUUGUCGUUCUCGUAGUCAAAACUAGACCUUAGAUCUCUCUAAUUUAAAUUCGAUCCACAAUUCUACAUAUGAUAUAGGCCUUGUCUCGAACGGUCGGUGCCUGUGUAGGUAGUAGACUAAAGUAGAGAUGUUCAUAUUUGAUUUCCACUACCGCUAGCACUACCUAUCACUGGCUAAGUACGCAUUUGAUUGAUUAAGAGGCAAUUUUUUUCAAUGUCACGUAUUUGCAAUAAAAAUUGCUCAAAACCUAAAAUCUUUUUCGCGUUCCUCUCGAAAUUACUUUGUUUUAGGUUUAAUCUUUAGUUUAUAGAGUUAGCUAGCUAACUCUAUAAUUGUCAAUUAAAAUACAAUUAUCAAUGACAAUGUUGCUAUAAAAUUGGCGCCAUAUUUACAGCCAUAAUAAGCAAAACUUACUGAACUUCAGACAUCAUUUUCUCUUUGGCAUAUCAUCUAAAAUCUCUUCAUUUUAGCAUUAUUUUACAGAUAAAACACUAAACAUACUUUUUCAGUUUGUUUGCAGAUUUUGAAUUUAGUCAUAAUCUCAAGUGAUAUAUUAUACGCAUUAGUUUUGAGCGCGUGUUACGUAACAUACAAAAAACUCCUAUUAAUAGGAUAUAUCAAACGCAUAUGAUUGGUUAAUAGUUCAUCCCUGAGCCAACGGCGCUUCGCGCCGUUCCUGGCGUAAGCCCGGGGCGAGGGUACUAAUUCCGCCCGGCUAUUUACACCCGGGAAAACGAACGCAUUAGCGAAGUCUGAAGUUCAUCAAUGAUCGCGGCUUGAAUAUGCGUGGAUAUUGUCGGCGGGAUAGUAUCCGUUGUGACACCGACAAUCGGGAUAAAAAAUUCUCUAAUAAUGGACCAGCUUGGCUUCCAAAUAAGCAGCCCCUUAGAUUGUACAAUUUACAGAACUUCUUCGUUUUGAGCGAAGGCCAUUCUCGGAAGUUAGUGACUCGAAUUUCCCGACGGAGCGCCUUCGCUCGAAACGUGGAAGAUCUUAGGUGUCAUAUGACAGGAAUAACCUGAUCUCUGAAGCUACGUUUACACGCUGCGAUUUGUUGUGUACAAUUCGUAUUCUGCGUACUAGCGUAUGUUAACAUCGAAUAAGCAAGCGUAUUGUAAAGUGGUUGCAGACUCUUUUCACAUGACGUUGACAUACUCUUUUCACACGAGUCCGUAUAUAUAGCGAGAAUCGAACCAAAUCGGUCGCAAGGUCCGUGGGACUGCUUACCAAAAGUUAGAUAUGAUUGGUCAUGCGGGAAGUGAUCAGCAUGGCCAUUCAUUGUAAAUAAUGAAAAGCUGGCCGAGUACACACUUGAGCAGACAUUUGUCAGACCCAAACGAAAUUGUUAUAAUCCGCAUUGACCCACGACCACAGAGGUGGACGAAAGGUGCUUGUGAUAUCAGCCGUAAUUUUCAUACGCAAGAAUACGAAUCGUAUGCGACAAAUCGCAGCGCGUAAAUGUACCUUUAUAAAGUUAAGGCCUCUUUACGCUUGCAAUUUUUGGUGUGAAUUUUAGUGCGAUUUCUCCUUCUGAUGCAUGUGAAUGAGUAGAUGAGUUACGAAUGUUCUGAGUUAUCUGAACAUUCACAACUUAUCAGUCGUUCACAUCUAUCAGAAGAAGAAAAUCACACCAGAAUUCGCAGAAAAAAUUGCAAGUGUAAACCACCGGCCUUACGUAUGAAAUAUUAUAUCUGUAUAAAAUUAAUUCCUAACGCAAGAUAGCCUGCCAAAGUUGGAUUACCUCUUUCCUGAUACACCCUGUACUAUGUAAAAUGACAUUUAUCUUUUUAGUACGCCCCUGGAGGAGAGCUUUUCGACUAUAUAGUCGCAAAGGACCGUUUGGAGGUUUGUUAUAUGUUGCAUAUUCUGGUCACUUCCUUGUUUGUUUGUGAUCUUCCCCACGUUGUUUCGUAAAAUAUCUCUUCGUCAAUCUAGGAAAAGGAAGCGAGGCAUUUCCUUCGUCAGAUUGUGGCAGCUGUGGGCUACAUGCAUGAAAAGGGCUAUGCACAUCGGGAUUUAAAACCU